ACACCAGAGUGCAAGUGAUAAAAAGGAAGGAUAUAGAUAAGAACAGUACAGUUCACUCACGAAAUAGAAGCAGGCCAGACAUGGAAUCAUUGAAAGUGUACUUGCUUUCUUUUUUAAUUCACGCUGCAUAUGGUGCCCCUGCCGAUGUAUGUCCCCAUAAUCUAGGUAAAAGUGACUUAUAUACAUAUGGGAAUUUCUGCCUGAAGGUGCAUUAUGGGAAUUAUGACUGGGUUGACGCCAGACAUCGAUGUCAAAAAGACGGCGGUGACCUCAUUCAGAUCAGGGAUUCUGGGAUGCAGCAGUUCCUCCAGAGAGUUUUAUCAGGUCAAAGGUCAGAAGACACCGGAUUCUGGAUCGGGGCCAGCGACAGCGAAUCAGAGUCCCACUGGAAAUGGGUGGCGGGUGACCCGAAGAUGACCUACAGUCAUUGGAGUUCGGGUCAGGGACCGUCUCAGACUGGAUUUUUAUUCUCCGAUGGAGGUCAUGAAGACUGCGCUUUAAUGAAAAUAGACGAUGGAUUCCGAUGGCACGACUAUGAGUGCAGCCUCCUUUUUUACCAUUACUCCUUUAUUUGCCAGCACGACAAAUUAGUACACUCACACACCCAUAACACAAACGGACAUCAUGGUUCCACCACAGUGUUCAUACCUCAGACUUUUCCCGACACCACGCCCCUAUCAACAGACGCUCCAAUCCCGACCACGCCCCCUGACACAGACGCCCCUAUACCUACAACCCAGCCAAUCACAGAUGCUCCCGUUCCUACAACCCCGCCCGAAACAGAUGCACCUGUUCCCACCACGCCUCCUGAUACACAGGCACCGAUCUCAACAACAGGGGACGGUGCUGGAGUUUUAAUCAUCGGAUAACAACCUGUAGAUGUGUGCCGACUAUCUUCUGUUAUUGACGCCAAUAAAUGUUACGUCGUGUUGUA